GGCCAGCCCGGUUCGUGGCCUUGCUUGUGCGUCUGCGCGAACCUUGGACUCGAAGCAGCCAUGAUGGAAGGCCUGGAUGACGGCCCCGACUUCCUCUCGGAGGAAGACCGCGGACUUAAAGCAAUAAAUGUAGAUCUCCAAAGUGAUGCUGCUCUGCAAGUGGACAUUUCAGAUGCUCUCAGUGAAAGGGAUAAAGUCAAGUUCACCGUCCACACAAAGAGUUCAUUGCCAAAUUUUAAGCAAAAUGAAUUUUCAGUCGUUCGACAACAUGAGGAAUUUAUCUGGCUUCAUGAUUCCUUUGUUGAGAAUGAAGACUAUGCAGGUUACAUUAUCCCACCAGCACCACCAAGACCUGAUUUUGAUGCUUCACGGGAAAAACUGCAGAAGCUUGGAGAAGGGGAAGGGUCGAUGACAAAGGAAGAAUUCACAAAGAUGAAACAGGAACUGGAAGCUGAAUAUCUGGCAAUUUUCAAGAAGACAGUUGCGAUGCAUGAGGUGUUCCUGUGUCGGGUUGCAGCACAUCCUAUUUUGAGAAAAGAUUUAAAUUUCCACGUCUUCUUGGAAUAUAAUCAAGAUUUGAGUGUUCGAGGAAAAAAUAAAAAAGAAAAACUUGAGGAUUUCUUUAAAAACAUGGUUAAGUCAGCGGAUGGAGUAAUUGUUUCAGGAGUAAAGGAUGUAGACGACUUCUUUGAGCAUGAACGAACAUUCCUAUUAGAAUAUCACAACCGAGUUAAGGAUGCAUCUGCUAAAUCUGACAGAAUGACAAGAUCUCACAAAAGUGCUGCUGAUGACUACAAUAGAAUUGGGUCUUCAUUAUAUGCUUUAGGAACUCAGGACUCUACAGAUAUAUGCAAGUUUUUCCUCAAAGUUUCAGAACUGUUUGAUAAAACAAGAAAAAUAGAAGCUCGGGUGUCUGCUGACGAGGACCUCAAGCUUUCUGACCUGUUAAAGUACUACCUGCGGGAGUCUCAAGCAGCUAAGGACCUCCUCUAUAGAAGGUCUAGGUCGCUGGUGGACUAUGAAAAUGCCAAUAAAGCACUGGACAAGGCAAGAGCGAAAAACAAAGACGUGCUACAGGCUGAAACUUCCCAACAGUUGUGCUGUCAGAAGUUUGAAAAAAUAUCUGAAUCUGCAAAACAAGAACUGAUAGAUUUUAAGACAAGAAGAGUUGCUGCAUUCAGAAAAAAUUUAGUGGAACUUGCAGAACUAGAACUGAAGCAUGCAAAGGGUAACCUCCAGUUACUGCAGAACUGCCUUGCGGUUUUAAAUGGAGACACAUAGGCUUCACUCCGCCUUCUGUUGAAAAGGGCUGCCUUCAAAUCCGGUAUGUUUUCCUGACGACCUGCGGCAUCUAAGCUCCCUGGGAACAACAGAGACAGCGGGCACAGUGCAUCGGCUCUUCUCCUGAGAGACAGUGGACAGCAGGGCUCCCCGGCCGCAACACAGCAGCUGGCCACCUCGCACUCCACCUUCCAAGAAGCCCAAAGUUCAACCCUCUUUUCUUUAAGUAGCCUGUCUUAACUGUGUUUAUUUUGUAUGUGGCGAUUCUCUGGCUGCAGGCCUUAUUUACCUAAGAAUCACUUGUCCAGUUUUAACAUUCUCAAAGUACUAUGUUCACACAAGAUAAAGGUUGCCUUUCUGAAUACUUUUUAAGCAUCCUGUGUUCCCUUAGUUCUUUCAUGUAUCUGUGUAAAGCAUCUUAAUGAGACUUACUUUGAAUUAAUGAACGUAGAAGUUUUGGGUCAGACUUUAUGUAAGCUUUAUAAGUAUGAUCUCUGAAGAAAAGCAGAUGCGUUCAUAUGUUUGCCUUAAACUUGUGGACUAAACCAAUAUUGUAAACGCCCAGAGACACCAGCGGCGUUUUUACUCCAUGCUCCUUGUAUCGCUCUGGAAGUCGGGGUAGCUGUAAUAAAUCUACUCCGGUAUUAAUGCU